CGACUCGAGCACUACAAGGACGUGCCUAAACUGAGCCGUCAUAACUACUGGGCCUAACGCUGCGAUUAGACGUGUCCUUUUGCCUCUCUCCACCCUUAGCGAACAGAUCGUGGCUCAGCACAAAAGAGAAGAAAUUUGAUGGAUUUUAUUGAAGUAGCAAACUGUUAGUACAAAUCAUACAUUCAGUAUAAAAUUGACAAUCUCCGUUUGGAUAAAGAAGGUCUCUUCUCUAUUAUAGCAAGCCGCCGCAAUUAUAUAGAUUUAAGCACCAUCUAGGGAGGAUGUAGAUAAAUAUGUUCACCAACAGAUUCAUGUAACCGUAGUGUUUGACACGUUGAGUCUCAUACGGUAUGUUUCCAGUGUGACAAUGUGAGCAGUUUUUGCGUUUGUUUUUAUGAAAUUUAUUGAUUGAAGUACAGUAUCUGUGCGUAUCAGUAUCAUAUAAAUCGUGACAAUGUUUUCUGUAAACAUUGAUAUAGCUUUGAUCAACAUAACUAUUUAACAAAUUUUGUGUACUACGUGUCGUUCGAGGUUAGAAUCAGGCAGUGCGAUUGUACGAUAUGUGAUUGAAUAAAAUUUGUUAAGUAUGCCAAAAUUUCGAAUGCUUCCGCGAACAUCGCGGAUUGUAGCAUUAUGUUCCGCCGCGAAUUUUAUAAACGCGGCAGAUCGAGUUAUAAUGCCUAUUGCGAUUGUCCCGAUGACCGACCAGUUUAAAUGGAAUUUACAUUGGCAAGGUUGGAUACUUUCUGCUUUUGCCUUCGGUUAUUUUACUAGUCAGAUUAUUGGUGCAAAUACAGCAAGUCGUUUUGGAUGCAAAACUGUACUAAUGCUGGCAGUGUUAUUAUGGUCCAUUAGUACUGUUAUAACUCCAAUUCUGGCACAGUCAGUUCCAUUGCUCAUUAUAUGUAGAGUGGUCUUAGGGUUGGGGGAGGGUUUAGGCCUACCAGUUAUUUUUCACUUGUUUGCUCAUAAUGUUCCUGUAGAGGAAAGGUCUCGUGCUUUUGGAUACCUUGUAGCUGCUGGUUCAGUUGGACAAGUAGUUGCAUCUGUUUUGUGUCCACAUUUAGCAUGGCAAACAGGAUUUUAUUUAUUUGGAAUAAUUGGAAUUAUUUGGACAUUUACAUGGUUAAUACUUUAUCAGGAAACAAAUUCUCAGGAUGAAAUUCCUUUAUUCGUUCCUAAGGUUACGCAAAAUAGGAGUUUGCGUUGGACUGAAUUUAUCUCCCAUUGGCCUUUAUGGGCAUUGUACAUAGCACAUUUUGCAAUGAAUUGGAGUAAUUACAUAAUAAUGCAAUGGUUGCCAACUUACUUGGCAAGAAACUUGUCUGCUAAUAAAGAAAGUAUUAGCCUGACAGCGCUUCCAUAUAUUGUGAAUUCUCUUGUUGGGAUUGUUGCUGGACACAGUGCAGAUAAUUUCAUACAGAAAAGGUGGACUGUUUUGUCUGUAAGACGAUUAAUGACAAAUAUAGGUUUGAUUGGUCCAGGUGCAUUUUUGUUAGCAUUCUGUGCAGUGGAUAACUUACUUUCUGCAGUAAUCUUUGUUUCAAUAUCUAUGGGACUUUGUGCAUGUAAUUCUGCUGGCCAUCUUAGUAAUCAUGCAGAUAUAGCACCGAAUCAUGCGGGAAUUACAUUUGCGGUUUCUAAUACCAUUGCAACUAUCCCAGGUAUUUUAUGUGGUCCACUAACGGCUGAAUUAGUGACAGCAUCACAUGGUCGUUGGAUGCCAGUUUUCGUUUUAGCUGCGGCAAUCAAUUUUACGGGAGCCAUCAUAUACCAAAGUCACAGUUCUGCACUUCCAGUGUUGUGAUAUGCUCCGUUUAAAAACAAAUUCGCAAGUGAUUAUCGUCAAAGUCAAGGAAAUUAUACUGUCGAUGAAACCUUGCUGCGCAAAUGUACCUUCGAAUCGUGUUUAUUCUAUACGAUUAUGAAAAACAAAUUUCUAUCACGAAUACAGGGCACCAUUAUGGCACGUUUAUACAUCACACAUCGGUUAGCUGAAAACAUAUCAAGAUGCAAAGCAUGUACACUCUAAGGAAGUUUCAUAUUUUCUUUCCAGCGUUAGAACAGUUUACUCGUUAUAAAUAGUGCCAUAGCUUAAUGCACACGGUGGAAUUGGUUACUCAUUACUUAUGAAAUGAAGAAUAUAACUUACCUAAGUACGUUUUAUUUUUUAAUUUGUAUAUCUUUUUACCAACACUGAACAAAAGAUAUAUUGUGAUACGUAUAUAUACAUAUAUAUGUAAAAAAAGAAAUUCUCAUUUUUUAUAUAGGAAAAAUGUAUAUUCUGUAAAACAUAAGAAAUUUAACUUUCACAUACUACAUACUACAUUAAAAUGUUUUAAAGCACCUUUUACUUAGAGAGAUAUAAUUACCGAUUAUGCAAGCCAUGUACUAGAAUAAAAAAAAAGUAUGUUUUUUACUACA